AUGUCAAUAGCUGCAAAGGAAUUCCGUAUUCCAAGAACAACCCUACAUGACCAUGUAAAUAAUCCUGACCUCCGCACUAAAACAGGGUCUCCAAAGCAGCUGUCUGAGGAAGAUACUCAGGCAUUUGUCAACUUCUCUAUGUACUGCGCAGCCCAACAUCUACCUCUAUCUAGAGAAAGAGCCCGCUGUUUCAUUCUGGACAUUGUCAAGAGAUCUGAGAAACCCUGUCUAUUCAAUAUGGAACAUGGUCCUAGCGACGAGUGGUUUAGAAAACUGGAAGCCGAACAUCACGCCAUCCGUUUUCGAACAGCACGGAAUGAGGACCGUUCCAGGACUACCAUGUCCAAUAAGAAAGUCAUGGAUGAAUUUUUCCUGUUUUGGAUCUUCAAUUGCGAUGAGACAGGGUGGUGUGGAAAGGAAGAGAGUAAAGUCAAAGUAAUUGCUCCGCGUACGGGGCCAGUCAAGCAGAUACGUGUGCUGACGGCCGACCACGUGACGGCCUUGCUUUGCGUGUCUGCAGAUGGGAAGACAACGUCACCCUGUAUAAUCUACAAGGAGAGUUUCCCACACCGCACCUACAGAGAGGGUGUGCCCGGAUCAUGGCUAUUUGCAGUGAGUGACACGGGGUAUGUGAACACUGAGAUCUUCUGUCAGUGGUUUCUGCGCGGGUUUAUCCCUAACUGCGGUAAGGAACGCCCCGUUGUUCUCCUCAUGGACAACCACGACUCGCAUAUCAGCUUACCGCUAAUACAUGCUGCACGGGCAAACGACAUUGUCCUUGUCGGGCUUCCAAGCCACACCACUCACCUUCUACAGCCACUUGACGUUCACAUUAAUGGUCCAUUGAAGCAGAAGGUUUCUAAGAUAUGCAACAAUCUCGGAUUCCUGAGACCAGGUGCGGCCAUAUCGAAGGCGAAGCUCCCGGUCAUAAUUUCACAUGCACUCGACCAGACAUCUCCUUCCAGCAUAAAGGAUGCGUUCAGGCUAUCGGGCAUCUUCCCAGUGGACAGGAAGCAGAUACCAGAUGCCGAGCUGGUUCCACCAACCAUAGACGUAUCUACCACAAGAUACCGAACCGACCCGUAG